UAGAUUAACCUAUUAUUAAUUAGAGUUUAGUCUACUAGUCUUACUCUUAUUUUAUAGAAUAGUAUUAAGUAUUAUAUAGAUCUUAUCUAUAAUCUAAACAUCUUAUCAUCUUAUAUUUAGAUCUAUAUAAUACUACUGCUUACUAUUCAGAAGUUACUUCAAAAAAAGAAGCUAGACUAAUUAUCUAGCUAGAGUCUAGACAGUCUAGAUCAUAGAAGAAUAAGUAGAUCUAAUGUCUAAUCAAGACUAAUCUAAUCUAGUCUAGGUAAUAAUUUCAUAUAGAUCUAGAGGGGAAAAGAUAUAUAGAGUUCAUCAAGUUAUUAUUAACAUUUUAUCUUAUCUCUUUAAAAAAAUGUGCAUGUGAUCUGUAGACCUUCAUUCAAGUCCAAGCCAAGGAAAAAGUGGUGACUAUCAACCUUCAGAAUGAUGUUUUGUGGAGGAGCCAAAGACAAAGAUGAUCAGAAUGUAAAACCUCAAAAACAUGUACUAUGCAUUGGAAUGGCUUGUGUUGAUUUUGUAAAUAUUGUUAAAGAAUUCCCUCUAGAAGAUUCGGAUCAAAGGAUUCAAGAUUAUUAUUGGCAAAGGGGAGGAAAUGCAUCCAAUAACUGCACUGUUCUUUCACUUUUGUCUAUUCCUUGUGAAUUUAUGGGCGUCUUGGGAACUGAAGGUGUGGAAGCCAGCUGGAUCCUAAAAGAUUUUGAAAGCUUUAAUAUAAACACUGAACAUUGUGUCAUAAAAGAUGUCCAUUGUCCAGUUGGAACUAUUAUAUUAAACAUGACCAAUGGAACCAGAACAAUAUUGUUCUUUCCAAGGGACAGACCAGAGAUGUUGUACGAAGACUUUCAAUUAAAAUUCAAGAAAGAUUUUUCAGCCUAUUCUUGGAUUCACUUUGAGCUGUGUAGCAAUGUGUUGGAAAUUUCAAAGAUGAUUGAUGAUGUACUUUGCUACAAAAAUAGUAAUGGUCAGCCUGUUGUUUCAAUUGAGAUAGAGAAACCAGAGUUUCAUAAUUAUAAUUUGGUCAUAAAUAAAGCUGACUUGGUGUUUGUCAGUAAAGAUUAUGCCAAAAGCAAAGGUUUUGCUAAUGCUAAAGAAGCUGUCAGUGGAUUUUACAACCUCUGUAAAGAGGGGGCCAUUCUAGUUUGUGCCUGGAGUGAACAAGGUGCAUCGCUCUGUAUAAACAAUGAAGUAUUAACAUGUCCAGCACUUCAAAACAUUAAAGUAGUGGACACUCUUGGCGCAGGGGACACAUUUGUGGCUGGAUUCGUUGGAAGUCUACUCAGCCAAAGGUUUUAUCCCACAGAACCUGAACACACCACUAAAAUUAUUACUAAGCUGGAGUAUGCUUUAAACUAUGCUUGCCAUUUAGCUGGACUCAAAUGUUCUAUGUAUGGAUAUACUGGAUUAAAAGACUGUUACAAGUGUAUUGAUGCAGAACUAAAAUAAAAUAAAUUUUUUCAAAAUAUUUAUAAUCAUGCAUUCUUGAAAUUUAGGUUGACUUAUAAAUUGCUGUGUAUGCCAGAAAUAUUUGUCAGUCUUUAACUUUGUUAAAUGUAUUUCUUUGUUAUAUUGUAAUUCUGAUUUUGGCUUCCUAAAAUUAAAUUUGAAUAUUAUGUGACUUUUAUGUUGUUUUUUUUAAUAAACGCUAGUAGAUGCUGA